AUGUCCUCCAUCAACCAUAACAUCAGCUUGUUUGCUAGAACUCCAUUUGCAACUGUCGCUGAUUUUGCCAAGUCCGAAUGGCUCGAUCUCGCGGUUGAAAAGAAGAUCAGUGACAAGCAAUCAGACCAGCUCGACUGGCUCCAACUUGAAAAGAAGUCCGUACAAAACACGCCAGUUGGCGCAGCCCCUACGGUAGUUCAAGCUGCAGACAAGCCGGCAGUCGCAGGUUUUCCGUUGUUUCGCAAGCUUGCUAUUGAGCUCCAGGAUAAGAUUUGGGUGACGGUGUCGUUGAAUUACCCCAGGAUCAUUACAUUUGUCGAAGAAAAUGUUGAUGUUGCUCUUCACCCUGGUGAUAAUGAGUACAUGGUGGUUGGAGCUAAGCGUCCAAAGUUUCUCAAAACAUCUAAGGGAGCCUUGUCAGCAAUGGUUGGUGUCUACCGACCAAUGUUCGAACUUGAUCCUGCUAGAUAUCAUGGAGAAAAGAAGGGCGUUUUCGUCAACCCGGAUAUUGAUUGUAUCGAAUUCGCAUCCCUUCUUUCCCUUAAUGGACAAUUGCCACCCCUAGAUUUCAUUGGCGCUCUUAGGUAUCGUGGAGAGUUUUCAAGAAUCCGUCAUGUUUGUCUUCCAGCUCAGGAAUUCCACGACAAUUUUCAGACAGUUGCUCGGAUCGUCCAGAACCUACCAUUGCUUGAAUCUGUGGUCGUCGAGGCAAAUCAUAUUGACCACACGGUUAAAAACACCCUCUACAUGCAUUUCAUGAUCCAGGAUGUCCAUUACACCAGACCAAAUAGAUAUCCACGCUCUGACAUGACCAUCAUGGUCAUGGACCGCGGUUCUCCUUUGGUUGGUGCUCCAGCAAUUGGUGUUCUUUUCAACAAAAUCUCCGACACAACUCAUAGAGCUGGUAUUCUUGAAACCUUAGGUAGAGUUGAGACAAUGAUGCGUCAAGAGCCCAACUUUCCGAACAGAGUUCUUGGUGCAUUUAACUACCACAACUUCCCAUGA